AAACGCACCCCUAGUGUGCCUGAAAACGUACAUGUUAUAUCAUGAUAAAACUACAGUUCCCUAUAUGCUAGUGUGUCACGUCAUAACCAAUUGUGAGAACCCACUUCCUGGUGCCAGAUCAGCGUGGGAUAAAAAUAAAAACUUCUCUUAAUUGGAGUUGCUUUUGGCGAUCAGGAUGAUUGACGUGCGGGCGUGGGCGGAGUACGUGGUGGAGUGGGCGGCUAAGGACCCGUAUGGCUUUCUGACGACGGUUAUCCUUGCGCUCACACCCCUCUUCAUCGCAAGCGCCCUGUUGUCGUGGAAACUGGCCAAAAUGAUUGAGGUGCGCGACCGCGAGCAGAAGAAAAAGCAGAAACGCCAGGAGAACAUCGCUAAAGCCAAGAGGACCAAGAAAGACUGAGCCGGAGAGCGGGAUCAGGAGAGAAGAGUAGCUACAGUACACAGCUAUGCUCAACACUCUCUUUACUUGCCACACCCCCACCCUCGUCUCUUCAACCCAGCCCAGCACUCUUGUCCAGUGUAGGAGGGAUGUAGGCCCUACAUGGAGGCCUUAUAGCGCUGAGGGAACGGUAUAGACCAGGGAGGCUCAUUCGAUGGGACUAUCAUCACAAUGUGGAGAUCCACCAUCUGAGCUUGGUGGUGUUGCAGUACCUUGCAUUCCAUUUGUAACAACUUAGCUCCAACGAUUUCAUUAACUUGUAAAAAAACAAAAAAGUUAUCCAUUUGAAGUUACUGAUUAAAUAUCUGAAUUAUUUUCUUGUUGUUAAUGAAGUUCUGAAUAAAAAAAUAUGUCUGUUUUCUCCUUGCAAAUCAUAACCCUCCCUGAAUGAUGCUUAACCGAAAAGUUUGAGUUCCUGCCCAACUAGAUGCAGUGCAACACCUGUGCAUCAACAAAUGGUUGCAUGCCAUGUCAACUGUUCAGUCGGCAUAGAUGGAUAGCUAUAUCAUGCGUUUUGCUUAUAGUUAAACACCAAUCCAAGUGUUUUGACAUUUGGCAGGAGUGUACUGUAGUCUGGCAGGAACUCGACCAAGAAGUGAGCCAGGCAAUUUUCAUACAUGGGUUUUAUUCAGUGUUUUUAACAUCUAGACAAUAUAACACACACUUCUUGUAAAGCGACAUCUACUCCUGAGACCUGCAACCAUCUUGUGAGCUGUGCGAUAUCCUUUCCGUCAUUUAAUAAAAAUAAAGAAUUGUUUAAAA